UUAACCCGUGAAAUCACCCUAAGCAAACAGAGAAGGUCAUUGCACAAAGGCAGCGAACAAACACACUGAACGGCGCAGCCAUGGAUUCCGACUUCCCAAACAAGGCAUUAACGAACACGCGUUUUUCCGACCUGAAUCCGCCACUCUCCGAACCGGUUAUCGAAGCCCUAUCGCAGUCCGGCUUCGAUUUCUGCACGCCCGUCCAAGCCGCCACCAUACCUCUACUGUGCAGCUACAAGGACGUCGCCGUCGACGCCGCCACCGGUUCCGGCAAAACGCUAGCAUUCGUCGUUCCUCUCGUCGAAAUUCUACGCCGCUCCUCUUCUCACCCUAAGCCUCACCAGGUGUUAGGGAUAAUUAUAUCUCCUACGAGGGAGCUAUCAACUCAAAUAUAUCAUGUUGCACAACCUUUCAUUUCGACAUUGGUGAAUGUUAAGUCCACGCUUCUUGUUGGUGGAGCAGAAGUGAAAGCAGACAUGAGGAAAAUAGAGGAGGAAGGAGCAAACGUAUUGAUUGGCACGCCUGGCCGGCUAUAUGACAUAAUGAAUCGGAUGGAUGGUUUGGAUUUCAAAAACCUUGAGAUUUUGAUUUUGGAUGAGGCUGAUAGACUCUUAGAUAUGGGAUUCCAGAAGCAGAUAACUUCUAUUAUAACUCUCUUGCCUAAGCUUCGUAGAACUGGUCUGUUUUCUGCCACUCAAACUGAGGCUAUUGAAGAGCUUGCUAAGGCAGGAUUGAGGAACCCUGUGAGGGUUGAAGUUCGAGCACAAUCAAAAUCAGAAAAUGGUCCUGCAUCAUCCAAACAACCAGAAUCUUCAAAAACACCUUCAGGACUUCACAUUGAGUACAUGGAAUGCGAGGCAGAUAAGAAGCCAUCACAGCUAGUAGAUAUCCUUAUUAAGAAUCACCUGAAAAAGAUUAUAAUAUAUUUCAUGACUUGUGCUUGUGUUGAUUAUUGGGGAGCUGUCCUUCCUUGCCUUUCUGUUUUGAAAGGCUUCUCCUUGAUUCCCCUGCAUGGAAAGAUGAAGCAGUCUGCCAGGGAGAAAGCACUAGCUUCAUUUACAUCCCUUUCAGAUGGAGUUCUUUUAUGUACGGAUGUUGCAGCACGUGGACUUGACAUACCAGGUGUAGAUUGUAUAGUGCAGUAUGAUCCUCCUCAAGAUCCAAAUGUUUUCAUACAUAGAGUAGGUCGAACUGCACGGCUGGGUAAACAAGGUCAUGCUGUUGUCUUCUUAUUACCAAAGGAGGAGUCUUAUGUAGAAUUCCUGCGUAUAAGAAGAGUUCCUCUUCAAGAGAGAUUAUGUUCUGAUGAUGCAUCUGAUGUUGUUCCGCAGCUUCGUUCUGCUGCAAAAAAAGAUCGUGAUGUCAUGGAAAAGGGAGUCAAGGCUUUUGUCUCUUACAUCCGUGCUUAUAAAGAGCAUCACUGCUCCUAUAUUUUUAGGUGGAAAGAACUUGAAAUUGGAAAAUUGGCCAUGGGAUUUGGCUUAUUACAACUCCCUUCAAUGCCAGAGGUAAAACACCACUCACUUUCCACUGAUGGAUUUGAACCAGUUGAAGAUAUCAAAUUGGAGGAUAUUAAGUUCAGAGAUAAAUCACGAGAGAAACAAAGAAAGAAGAACCUGCAGGCAAAGAAAGAAGCCAAAGAGAAAGAGCCAAAACCUAAGAAACUGAACAAAACCCCAAAUGCACCCACUGUCAUGCGGAAGAAAACAGCUAAACAGAGACGUGCUCAGCAGACAAUGGAAGACGAGGAAGAGUUGAUGCAGGAAUAUCGCUUGUUGAAGAAAUUGAAGAAAGGGACCAUAGAUGAGAAUGAAUAUGCAAAGUUGACUGGCACCGAGGAAUUACUUUGAAAGCAAAGUAUGCAUGCCUGAUUAUUGUAACACCCUGGAAUUUCUACUAUAGCAAUAUCAAUUAUUGUCUAUUUUUAUAUAUAUUUAUGAAGAUUAUUUUUAUAAGUUAUUUUGGUUAACUAAAA